AACCUGGUUCAAACACCUCGCUUCACUAGAGGAAUAAUCUAGCAGCUUCUGUUGCCUCCAAAUUGUCCGGAGAAAGGAGUUGAAGCAGUGUGAGAGGGCCCUGAGACGAUGGCGAACCUGUUCCUCAAGCAGGCAAAGCAGUACGUGGCGACGCGGCCGGUCUACCCGCCGGAGCUCUUCGACUUCAUCGCCUCCAAGACCCCUCGCCGCGACAUGGCCUGGGAUGUCGGCACCGGCAACGGCCAGGCCGCAGCGUCGCUGGCGAAGCUGUACAAGCACGUGGUGGGCACGGACACGAGCGCGCAGCAGCUCGCCUACGCGACGCGCCUCAGCAACACCCGCUACGUGCACACCCCAGCGGACCUGCCCCUGGAGGGGAUCCACGCCACCGUGGCCCCGCCGGCCUCCGUCGACCUCGUCACCGUCGCGCAGGCCUUCCACUGGCUCGACCUCCCGCGCUUCUACGCGCAGGCCCGCUCCGUGCUGCGCCCCGGCCACGGCGUGCUCGCCGCCUGGUGCUACACCGAGCCACGCGUCAACGCCGCCGUCGACGCCGUGUUCUGGCGCCUGUACCACGGGUCCCAGGGAUUCUGGGCGCCCAACCGCCGGAUGGUCGACGACGAGUACCGGAGCGCCGACUUCCCGUUCGACCCGGUCGAGGGGGAGAAGCACACGGGCCCGUUCCAGUUCUCCACGCACCGCCGGAUGGACCUCGAUGACUACCUCAUGUAUAUCACGUCCUGGUCCGCCUACCAGACUGCCAAGGAUAACGGCGUCGAGCUGCUCGAUGCGCCCACCGUCCAGGAGUUCGCGGCGGCGUGGGGCGGCGAUGCCAAGGAGGUGAAGACCGUCACGUACCCCAUCUUCCUCAGGAUUGGCAAGGUCAGGUCGGAGUGAGCUGCACGGAAAAAUGAAACUCGACAAACUAUGGAUACACUACGGACGCUCCGACGAUUGAUGAUCGAUCAUCUAGGAAUCGAUGCUUAUAACCUUUUUGAAUAAUGUUUUAUUCGAUUGCAAAUGUUUGUUCGAUCUGCACAAUUGUAUUUCAAAUUCUAAUGCAUGCACUAUUCUGUUCGACUUUUUUUUUCUUUGUGUCUUCUUAGAUAGUGUAAAUUUCAAUAUCUGUACUGUGAUGACAAAAUAUCCACAAUAACCCACGUGGCUGAAAUCUUUGGUCUU